AUGGCGUGCUGCUGCCGGUUCCCCGGGGGCUCAGCCCCGCCACCCGACCCGCACCCGACCGCCUACCUGUGCUACCGCUCCCGCUCCUGCUGCCGUCCCCUCCCACCCGUGCCGCCACUGCCGCAGCCCAGUGACACAUUAACCUGCCCAGCGGCGCUCCCACGGGCCUGCCAGCACCCCCGCCCAGUACCUGCCGACCCACCCCUGUGCCUGCUCCCCCCGCUGCACCACGUGCAGGUCGGGGUGCAGCGCGUCCUGGCGGGAGGGGAGAAGCGGAUCCUGUGCGUUGGGCUGGUGUGCCUGGACAUCAUCACCGUGGUGCCAGCCUACCCCGCCGAGGACACCGAUACCAGGUGCGUGUCGCAGCGGUGGCAGCGGGGCGGGAACGCCUCCAACUCCUGCACGGUGCUGGCACUGCUGGGAGCCCCCUGUGCCUUCAUGGGCUCGCUGGCCCCCGGGCAUGCCGGAGAUUUCAUUGCAGCAGAUUUCCAGCGCCGGGGCGUGGAUGUGACGCAUGUGGCCUGGCAGCCCCACGGGGACAUGCCCUGCGCCUGCUGCAUCGUCAGCGCCGCCAGCGGCUCCCGGACCAUCAUGCUCUACGACACGAACCUGCCCGAUGUGACGGCCCGCGACUUCGAGCGGGUCGACCUCUCCCAGUACAAGUGGAUUCACUGGGAGGCCCGUAACGCGGCGGAGCAGGCGGCGAUGAUGCGGCGGGUGGAGCGGCACAACCGGGCCCGGCCGGCGGCCGAGCGGGUCCACACCUCGGUGGAGGUGGAGAAGCCGCGGGAGGAGCUGCUGCCGCUGAUGGGCCUGGGCCACGUGGUGUUCAUCAGCAAGGACCUGGCCCAGCAUUUCGGGUACCGCUCGGCUCCCGAGGCGCUGCAGGGGCUGCGUGGCCGCGUGCAGCCGGGGGCCACGCUGAUCUGUGCCUGGGCUGAAGAGGGGGCUGACGCCGUGGGGCCCGACGGGGAGCUGGUACACUCGGACGCCUUCCCCCCGGAGACCCUUGUGGACACGCUGGGGGCCGGGGACACCUUCAAUGCUGCCGUCAUCUUUGCACUCUCGGCAGGGAGGAGCCUGCAGGAUGCCCUCACCUUCGGCUGCCAGAUCGCAGGCAGGAAAUGUGGAAUCCAGGGCUUCGACGGCAUUGUCUGA